AUGGUUGGUGACUUAAAUCUGAAGAAGUCUUGGAAUCCAAAGCUUCUGAAGAACCAAGAAAAGGUUUGGAAAAGAGAGCAGCACGCACUUGAAGAACACCAAAAAAUCCAACAGCGCUUGGAGGAGAUAGGCAAAGAGAAAGAAAAAAGUGCAAGUUUAAGCUGGCGGCAUCCAGGUCAACCAGAGAAGUUUUCUCAAGUAGAGAUGCGCAUUGAUUGGAUGUACAACGAACAAAACUAUAAGACGGAUGAUUACAGUCGCAAUGGAGUUAACAAAAAUGUCGUGAAGCAGAAUGCAAAAGAACAUGAAGAAUUUCUGUUGGGAAAACGAAGAAAGGGUAAAGGAGUGCAAAAAUCACAAAAUACCAAGAGACAGUUUAUACCCAAGCAAGAUGGUGAAACUAAAAUUUACCCUGAGGUUAAUGCCUCUGAAAGCAUUGUGAAUAAAACAAUCGGCGGCAACGAUCCAUUGCUUGAAUUUCAAAAAGCUACAAAGGAGAGAGAGAGACAAACAAAGAAACAGAUCACACAACUGUGA